GUCCUGAUAAAAAAAUCGUCAGGCAGUCGCAAUUCGCAAUCAUGCUGUACAGCUGGCUAACCGUUGUUCUAUGCCUUUCUCUGAAAUGGGUAUCAUGCUAUGAAGUCAGCAACUUAACAUUUCCAGACUCAUUCCUGUUUGGGUCUGCCACAUCUGCCUACCAGAUCGAAGGGGCAUGGAAUGAAUCUGGAAAAGGCAUAAGCAGAUGGGACUAUAUAACACAUUCUAUGAAGAUAGUACUCGAUGGAAGCAACGGUGACGUUGCUUGUGACUCGUAUCACAAAUACAAAGAUGAUAUCGCUAUCCUAAAAGAGUUAGGAGUGAACUAUUACAGAUUUUCUAUUGCGUGGACGAGGAUCUUACCUGAUGGGUUCACUAAUGAUAUUAAUCAAGAUGGCGUGGACUAUUACAAUAAUCUCAUUGAUGGACUCAUAGAGGCUGAAAUACAACCUUGGGUGACAAUGUACCACUGGGAUAUUCCACAGGUAUUGAAUUACAUAGGAGACUUCAACAACCCCAAUACUUCCGAUUAUAUGGUUUAUUACGCAGACACACUGUUUUCAUUAUUCGGAGACAGAGUGAAAACAUGGAUUACGAUAAACGAACCUAUUACAUUUUGCGCUCAUUAUCCACUCGGAUCAUUAGCUUUAGGCGCUGUAUUGCCACCUGGAAUUACAGAAUACUUAUGCGGGCAUAAUGUUCUUAGGGCUCAUGCCAAGAUCUACGAUUUAUAUCAACGCAAAUAUAAAGAGAGCCAAAGUGGUAGAAUAAGCAUAGCUUUAAGCGCAGAAUAUGCAGAACCAGCCACAGAUUCAGCAGCCGACCUUGAAGCGUCUGAAAGAAAACUUCUCUUUGAUUUUGGCUGGUUUGCUUAUCCGCUGGUCUAUGGAAACUACCCUAGUGUGAUGAUAGACACUAUUAGAAAUCUCAGUUCUCUGCAAGGUUACCCUUUUUCACGUCUGCCAACCUUCACUCUUGAAGAAAGAUUAUUACUGAAAGGUGCCUACGAUUUUAUCGCACUAAACCACUACACUACAUCAUUGACUGCUGAUGCCAGCGCAGACGUUAAAAGCCCUAAUUUUUUAAAUGACGCCUUAGUUAAUCAAUAUAAGGAUUCGUCGUGGGAGACCUCUUCUGCCAGCUGGUUAACAGUAUAUCCCGAAGGUUUCCGGAAAUUGUUGGUGUACAUUAAAAAGACUUACAAUAACCCAGAAAUUGUUAUAACUGAGAAUGGAUAUGCAGAUGAUCCAGGCGUACUUAACGACGAAGGACGCAUUAAUUACAUUAAAUCCUAUCUUAGUCAGUUGUUGAAAGCAAUUUAUGAAGAUGGAGUGAACGUAACGGCGUACACGGCCUGGAGUCUAAUGGAUAAUUUUGAGUGGUACAAUGGAUUUACAGUGCGGUUUGGAUUAUACAAUGUAGAUUUUGACAGCCCGAAUAAAACUAGAACCGCAAAGGAAUCAGCUUCUUACUACAGAAAUAUCAUCGAAACAAGAUGCUUGGUUGACGUAUGUGAAGAAUAACGUUCUGUUAUUUUUACUGAUUUGCUAAUUUGUAUUUUUAUUUUACUGUAAUAAUUAUGUAAUAUCUUAGGAAA